CUCCGCAGCCACAGCUGAUGAUGUCCAAUCUUUUAGCCGCAGACGCUACGGAACUUAGCAAACAGCUAGCGGUGUAGCGUCGUUAAAAUGUGUACGAGGUGUUAGCUGGCCGUCACAUGAAUGUACUGUUUUAGAGUUCAGUGAAGGUGUGUUGAGAGAUAUAGACGGGUCUUAUAAAUGUGCCAGGCUUCACCGGCGUUUUAGGACCACGCGUAGUUCAAUGCUACUCACGUUAGCUAACUUGUGUAGUUUGACAGUAGGAUCAGAGUGGUGUCUAGCUAACCGGGCUAACGGCUAGCUGGUUAGCUUCAGCACAACGUAGCUGGCUAAUUAGCUGUCUGUUCUGUUAACUACUUCGGUCUGGCUCGACUGAGUUUGAGUGGUGCUGUUUUUCAAGCGAUAACAACCCAUGCAAGCCCUGGAAAAGAACCGGACCCGAGCCUUGGGCUGUCUAUGAUGCUCAGAGGUUUUUUUUCUUGCUUCACUUGACCCCUCCUGGUCCAUUUAACCAGCACUGUAUUAUUACUCCUAAACCAAGCCCACAUCUCUGCUUGGCAACACUAUGAUCAUUCACGCUGACCCCACCCAGCUCACUGGGACAAGAAUCCCCCAAAAACAAGCUCUUCAAAUGAUAUGAUAGUAGCCACCUGGAUCACUUUUUGUGCUUGCAGGAGCCUUGCACGGGUUCUGCUCUUCCUUUCCUCCUCAAACUCCCUUUCUCCAUUCUGGGAGACCCUUGCCAGUGUGGUCUCCGGCACAGGAACCAUGGGUAACAGCUGUGUGUGCCGGGAGGAUAGUGACUUGGAGGAUCAUCACCAUGGAUCUUCGAGGGCAACCCGAGGACAAGCUAGGCGGGUGGAUCACGGUACAGGCGUGGGUGUUGAUACUGUAGAAGCGCGGAGCAGUCGACCCAGGGACCCAGUGAGGCCUCCACGCAGAGGGCGAGGGCCCCAUGAGCCAAGAAGGAAGAAGCAGAAUGUGGAUGGCCUGGUGCUGGACACAUUGGCUGUCAUCAGGACACUUGUAGACAAUGACCAAGAGCCCCCUUACUCCAUGAUCACUUUGCACGAGAUGGCAGAGACAGAUGACGGUUGGCUGGAGGUUGUCCAGUCUCUGAUUCGAGUGAUCCCAUUGGACGAUCCGCUUGGCCCUGCAGUGAUCACCCUUCUAUUGGAUGAGUGUCCCCUGCCCACCAAGGAUGCUCUCCAGAAACUGUCUGACAUGUUGAGUCUGAGUUCGGCUGUAGCACGACAGGACGCUUUAAACCCUGCUAAACACAGAAACACCACAGCUGUCCUAGGAUGCCUGGCAGAGAAACUGGCUGGUCCAGCUAGUAUUGGAUUGUUGAGCCCUGGAACCCUUGAGUACCUUCUAGAGAGCCUGAGCUCUGAGGCCCACCCUACUGUCAUGCUGUUUGCUCUCAUUGCUUUGGAGAAGUUCUCCCAGACCAGUGAGAACAAACUGACAGUGUCUGAGUCGUGCAUCAGCAAUCGACUCGCUGUUCUGGAAUCGUGGGCAGAGCAUCCUGACUACCUGAAGAGGCAGGUCGGAUUUUGCUCACAGUGGAGCCUCGACAACCUGUUCCUAAAGGACGGUCGUCAGUUUACCUACGAGAAGGUCAACCUUACCAAUAUCAAUGCCAUGCUCAACAGCAACGAUGUCAGCGAGUACCUCAAGAUCUCCCCCACCGGACUAGAGGCACGAUGCGAUGCCUCGUCCUUUGAGAGCGUGCGUUGUACAUUCUGCGUGGAUUCAGGCGUUUGGUACUACGAGGUGACGGUCAUUACAUCAGGCGUGAUGCAAAUCGGAUGGGCCACCAAGGACAGCAAGUUCCUCAACCAUGAGGGUUAUGGGAUUGGAGACGAUGAAUACUCAUGUGCGUAUGAUGGCUGCAGGCAGCUCAUCUGGUACAACGCUCGCAGUAAACCUCACUCUCACCCCUGCUGGAAGGAGGGAGAUGCCAUCGGCUUCCUGUUGGACCUCAGCAAGAAGCAGAUGAUCUUCUAUCUGAAUGGACAUCAGCUGCCACCAGAGAAACAGGUCUUCUCCUCAGCCACGUCCGGUUUCUUUGCGGCAGCCAGCUUUAUGUCAUACCAGCAGUGUGAGUUUAACUUUGGGGCCAAGCCUUUCCGUCACCCACCUUCUGUCAAGUUCAGCACCUUCAAUGACUUCGCUUCACUGCUCCCCAGUGAAAAGAUCAUCCUACCCAGACACCGGCGUCUGGCCUUACUAAAGCAGGUUAGCAUCCGAGACAACUGCUGCACGCUGUGUUGUGAUGUCAUGGCUGACACGGAGCUGCGGCCCUGUGGACAUGGUGGUAUGUGUAUGGAGUGUGCCUUACAGUUAGAGACGUGCCCCUUGUGCCGCCAGGACAUCCAGACCCGCGUCAGACUCAUUGCACAUGUCUCCUGACAAACCUCCUGCCCCUUCUCCAAUACGGAGAGGCACACAAGCCCUACAGCCUCCUCCUCCUCCUCUAAUCCCCUCUCACCCAGCGGGGCUGUGAGGACGGUGCCACAAUGUUGUGAUGAUACCAGAACUGUGACUUCUGGUAAGAGGAGGCGACGAUGGAGGGGUGAAGAGAAGAAAAAGAGGAGAUGAGAGGAGGGGAAUUUAAACCACAGCUGGAUCCCCAGGAGCUUUCUCCCAUUUACCUCCAUCUCCUCUUUUGUAUCCUUCUGACAACUCACUGCAGACACUGGGCCAAGAAUCAUCAACUUUCUACCAACAGUGUGUACUUCAGACAAAAAGAGCAGAAGUGAGGAGCAGAAACAAUUCAAUGAGAUUACAGACCGGAACCAACCUCUUAUCUGCAAGCCCCUGCGUAGUUAUCAGACAUCCUUUCUAUGAUACGAGGAUCCCACUGCGCUUUCAGCCUAGAUGCUACUACUAUUUAAUCCCAUCAUCGUCAUGCACAUGUCUGCAGAUCUGAAAGGGCUGGGUAGCAGAAAAGAAAAACAGCCUGUAGUACAGUAUUAAACCCAAGGUACAGAUACAUUUGAGAUGAAUCUCAUUUCAUGUUUUUGGGUAUAAAUAUGCGACCUAUGAUGUUCUCGAGGUAGCAUUUUCAUUCUUCUUUCUCAAAGUUAUAUCUAGUUUUUUGGUCAGCUUUACUGUCUGUACUGAUUGAUCCCCCACUGGUAGGGUUUGCCAUUGGGAAAAAUACAUCUUAAGGUAAAAUGUCAGACUUUUCUCUUUGUGUCAGAAAGCUUUAAAGUUGCAAAAUUAUUGCUAGAAUUCAGUUUUCUGAUUUGGUUUACAAAAGCAAAUUUAAAAAAGCAAUUCAGCUGUCUCCCGACAGAGAAUGUUAAUGACAAAAUUCUUGUUUUACAGCCCAUUAAAAAAAGAAAAAAAAAAAAAAAAGUGACUUGAAUCUGAAGUGACUGAUAUUUUAAGCUCACCUGACCCUGCUGCUUUUUGUGUUGUUUUGUCUUAGCUCAGAUGUUGAUAUUUCCUCAGUCUCAGUCAUGUAUGUAACAACCACAACAAAUAGAUACAGAGAUUAGAAUUUGCAGAAAGCCUGUCUUUAAAUGAAAUCACGUUUUCUCCCUAAUCAUAAGUGCUUAUGUUUGAAGAGCCAGUGAGGGGGAAGUAAACAACCUAAUUUCCACCGCCACCUUCUGAGUUUAUCUGGGAUUGCUUGAUUGGUGCUAACAAUUCGGCAACAACUUGUAAUGCAGCUACACCAUGAGUCAAGCUCAACUGAGGGGCAGCAUGAGUAAAUAUGUCUUAAUUUUUGUUUGUAAUGACAAACACAUGCGUCUGAAUGAAGACGACUAUUUUCAAUCCUCAAGAUGUGAUUUAAUUUUGUUUUAUAAAUGAUGGUGAAUGCUGAUGUAGAAACUUGGUUGAGAGAUACAACAGGUUUUGUUGAUUGACAGUGUUGUAUUAGCCGAUUAUUAAAUUGUUCAAAACAAAUGUGACAUGUUUAAGUGAAUCGUUUUUCCUCAGUAUCAGUUUACUAAAUAUCCCUGGGUUAUUUUGGGUCUGAUUUGGCAGUGUAAUAUUUGAUAUGAAUUAGCAAAGAAACUACAGUACCCACAACACAGUGAAAUGACCGAGAGAGUGUAUGUUUCAGUACAGGGGGAAAAAUGUAUUUAUGUUUCACUUGCUACAAAUCACAGCAUACAGAAUUGAUCUUGUAAGAACAAGUUUGUCAGAUUGGAGGUGCAUCUUCCAAUUUAUCUUUCAGAAUGGGUAAAUUGUGGUUUCCCUCUUUGUGCUUUAUGUAACAUAGCACACCUUUGCUCUCAUUUAGCCAUUUUCCAUCUUUCUCCCUCUGUCUUUAAAGGAACCUCAUGUUUCCUCUCUGUCUUUCUGUCCAUCCUUUACUUGAAGCAUCUCUGGGUUGACUGAAUGACAUUUGUAUUUUUGGAACAGGUGACAAAUUAGGACUCAAUAGAAUCUAUUUGUACAAUUAGAAUAAAUGGAUGCACUAUAUAAUUUUAAAUUUAUUUUGGUCAAAUUAUUUAUGAAAGAGUUACUACUCUACCAAAUUGCUUGAACAGGAUCUGUAAAAUCAUUCAGAUGAUACUAACAUGAUAUCGAAAAGGUAACAUGCGUCUCUCUCAGUCGGACAAAAGACUGGUCUGGUCACUGUUUGCUAUCUUGUAUUUCCUGGAGCACCUUAUACUGUACAUGCAGGUGAGAGAAAUUACACAUUUGUCUCUGCGAUUGGAGAUGAAGUUCAAGACUGUAAAGAAUAAGUUGUGGGUUGUAUUUAAAACAUCUAUAAAGGAAUUUUGCCCCAGAGUUCCCAAAGAUGUGAUUGAAGCGUUGUUGUUUCCUGGAUUGUGAUAUUUGUAAUAAAUGUAUGUUCAUGUGAUAUA